AUGACCCGCAAGACCAACAAUGCCCGAACGAGUGCUCCCGACCGAGACAGUUGUGCUGCUAUGUUUUGGACACGCCAAGUCCCUCGGGUCAGACGUGUCAAGACCGCCCCGGCUUUUGUGAAGUUCCACGACGCCGGGAGUCCUCGGAUCCGUCAAGUUCCACUACGAGAUGUACAACUACCGUCGACCCCGAAGACCUCGGAUUCACCAAGUUCCCACGAUGACUUGAGUGUACCCCGUCGAAUCGCCAAGUUCGGUUACUGUCGCAACCAUGUAAAACUACUUCUAUGA